GGAAAUUCCUGCUUUUGUUUUCGCCAGUCUCGACUCUCGACUGGACUUUCAAAAUCCUUGUCUGCUUAGACACCUAUUGUCUUUCGCUUGCACUGUACAUUAAACACCAACCACCGGAGCUCAUGAUCGACCCAAGAUUACUUUGGCACUGCCCAAAGUUCUGAAACGUUUGGCCGUCUCUUAGCCUUCAUGAUGCAAUAGUUGUUUGAACUCUAGCACAAAAAGCAUGGAUGGAGGAGAUUGCCUCUCAGCAGAACCUCAAACUUUCACGCCAAAUAUCUCAUUGUCAUGGCAGACGCUCGCGCCAACAUCCUACUCGCUUACACCCGCGAUGAGCACCUCAGUUAUCACAUUGACCAGUAUUGACGUGUUCCCGAGUCCGUCGGUUGAACCAAUCUUUGUUGACAUCCAGCCUGCAUCCUCAAUAACCAUGGCCGCCAUCAUUGGAGGAACUGUCGUAGGAGUCGCGCUUCUAGCUCUCCUACUAACUUGUAUCGUAGUGCGAUCACGUCGCACAGGACAAAGAUCAUCCGUGACCCCUUUCAAUCUUUCCUCAACUGCACAGCGCAACAUCGCCGUUCCGAGUCCUCUGAGCGGUAGAGAGACAUUCAUUAUCCAACCUGAAUAUCUCGAUUCUUGUACCACACAGAAUUCUAGGGAUGGAUCUCCGUCUACCCCGUCCCGUGUCGAUCCCAUACCAUUUCAGUUAUUCAACGAUAGUAGCACCUCUCCGUCCACUGUUGCAAGGCGCCGACGGUUCUACGAGCUAGAAAAGCUAUAUCCGUCAUGUGCCCAUUCCCCAGAUGGUUAUCGCCAUGAUAGUGGAGAUAACCGGGCUGAACACAUAGUUGCAAGUGAUCGUUCCCGAGAGCCAAGCGAAGAGCUCCCAGCUUACCCUCGUUCGAUGGAAUCUUCGAGAAGCAGAGAAGCAGAUUAUGAUGAUCAUGAUGUCCUUCCUUCCUUAUAGACAUUAGACUCUCAUGGACACUUUCGCAAUUCAUUGGUAGCCAUGAUCAUGAACGAUGUCAUCCUGUAUCCUUCUUGCCGUCGGACUAGUCUUCCCCCUCGUAGUAAAUCACCGAUGUGUGUUUAUUAGCUUGUCUAUUUAUACGCCCAUCGGUAUUCCCUCCCGAGGAAAAACAGUGAUCCCAAGGAAUGUACUGACGUAU